AUGCCGGAUCUGAGACGAGUGCACCGUUUUCGCGACCACGCCGUCGCUGGCGUCAACUGGAGACCGACUCGCUUUGUCGACGAAGUGCCCAAUCUGCGUGUAUGUGGCCUCUGCCGCAUGAUUCCCAGGAGGAUACUGGUGCUUCCAUGCGGCCACCUUCUAUGCCAGUCGUGCCACACAGCCAGCUCCCAGGGAUGCCGUGGGCAGUGUCCCUUGGAUCAAGAGCCGUUCGAGGAAGAUGAAUGUGACAGUUAUGAUUUUCCUACUAGAAAAGCGAACGCCUUGAAGGUUUACUGCUGGAAUGAAGCACAUGGAUGCCAAAUUCAGGAAACCAUGGAAGAUAUGCUGCGACACUACGAGAAAGAAUGCACGUUCCACACCGUGGAGUGUUUGCGCUGCGGCGAGGAAGUUCUGCACAGGGAACUAUCAACACACUACGUAGCCGGAUGCACUGCCGCUGUUUCUUUAGCAGUCAUGGAGAACACUUCAUCGGAAUCUAGAUCACUGGCAUUUGUGGACGGGACGGCUGAUCUUGAAGAACUGAAGACGCUGAUGAGAAACGCGAACCACGAGCAGUUGCUGCUUCAGAUUCAGUGUCAAAUGAAUGACCUCAUUGAACAGAUCAGAAACCAGGAGCCCAGGCCUGCCGUGAUCACUCACGCUGUCUCAGCAUCUGCGAGUGGUGCCGAAGACCCGUCGGGAGUUCUACGCGCCAGGACCCUCCCUACCGGAAGACAGCCUCUCGGAAAGCCAGCGGAGGACAUUGCCAACCAGGCCGGUGACAGAGAUGUCAACGGUGCAACGGAAAGCCAGAUUAGGACUGUGAUUUCAAGCAGGCCCAUCAACGAAAGUGAAAGCAAGCUCCGUUCUACGAAUGUGAAGUCGCACUUCUACGAUGCGGUGCAGCCUUGA